AUGCAUAAGCCUAGCAACUACCGCAUCUCAGAGCACCGGCGUAUAUUCGUUGACCGAUGGUCGGAUCGUUCAUCAGACGAUUACUCGAUUGAAACUUCUCUUGAUCAACGACAGUAUGAUAUCGGUAAGGCUGUUGAUCGGAUAAGACAAUAUCAAGGCAUGGAUAACUCCGAAAGUGAAAUAAUUUAUUAUCGGAGACCCGGUGCUUCAGAUAACUUUGCUCUACCAUAUGUAGCUGAUGGCGAGAGAAGCUUUGACAGCCGUGAAAGCGCCAUCGAACGGAGCCCGUUUAACUACAGGUACUAAAAGCGCAUCUGCAAACAAUCCAAGCACUUUUUAUCCAUUUGAUUUGAACUCAACCCAGAUAAAAUAAAUUGGUACCCGACAGGAUUGUUUCCUUGAAGGCACUAAGCAAUGGAAACAGCCGACCUAAAACCGGGGUAAUAAACACAUCAGUGCGCCACGGAAUAGAUUAUCAUCUACAAUGACCAUACAAAUGCUUAUUCAUUGUCACCCAGAUCGACAUUAGAACAUUCUCCUGAGGACGACAAGAACACACUUGUCGAAACGUCGAGA